AUGUUCCCUCCUCCACAGGUUUGGAAUUCGAUGAUGGAGGAAUUAGGGAUCAGGAAUGGUGAUGAGGUGGUUAUAUAUGAUCGUCUGGGGGUGUUUAGUGGGUGUAGAGUCGCGUUCAUGUUUGCCGUAGCGGGGAGUCAAUCAGGUGUAGGCUUGUUGCAUACUUAUCUGAAGUAUAUUGAGGAGGGAUAUGAGUUGGAUAAAGCUCCCGUUGAGAGUGUGAGAACCGGCGUGAAAGGAGAUGAAGUUGGGGGGGUAGGGAUUAGGGUAGAUGAAGAGGUUUGGGAACGGAAUUAUCGAAAUUGGAUAAUUGAAUAUGAUGAGGUUUUGAAGUUUGUUAAGAACGGGAAUGUGGGCCGGGAGGUGUUGAUAUUUGAUGCAAGACCAAAUAAGAGAUUUACGGCUGAGGUGAAUGAACCCCGCCCAGGGAUAAAAUCGGGACAUAUUCCCGGAUCUCUCUCUUUGCCAUUUUCAUCGGUGAUUACUGACCAAGGGUUGUUUAAGACUCCGGAAGAGAUUCGAGAGGUUUUGAAGCAGGAUUUGGGGAUUGGUUGUUCAGGAAAGGAAUUGGUUGAGAAGUAUAAAGGAGGGAUUAUUGCUAGUUGUGGGAGUGGUGUUACUGCUUGUGUGAUUAAAUUUGCGAUUGAAUCGGCAUUGGGUGUUCCGGUGAGAGUAUAUGAUGGUAGUUGGUCUGAGUAUGGGCAUAGAACUGAUGAAGAAUUUGUUGAAACUGGACCAGGAAUUGGUAAAUUAAGUGGAUUGGAUAGUGCAAGUGGGAGUGAUGUAAAGAUUGAUGUAGAUGAAUUGUUGAUUAAACAAAGAGAGUAUUUAGAUAGCUUAUAA